GUUUUGAAAGGGAAGUCAGUGUUAAGAGUAUUUUAACAAAAUAAAACAUGUCCUAAGAAAUAAAUUUUUAAAACACUUAAAUUAAUUUUUGUACCAUCAAUCAAAUUGCAACUAAUUUUUGUACAACGUUUUGAAGUUCAACCUUAAUAUUUAUAAUCAAUCUUUUGAGUUUUUGUAAAACAUUUGAAAGUUAAACCAACGACUUCCCAUUCUUCUUUCUUCAUCCAAUUUGUUUUUUUGCUUUUCAAUUUCUCAAAUCUGUGUUUCUCAUCAUUUCCACUCUUUGUUUUAAGUCUUCACAUUCUCUUGUGUUCUGUCUGUCAAUUAAGGAAAAAGAAAAAAAAAAAUAACCCUGCAAACUUUCUGGUAUUCACAGAUAGAAAGAGAGAGGUAAGUUCAAGAGUAACUUCCACUUCGCAAAAGAAACAGCGCAGAAGAUAGUUCAGUGAAGAUAGAAAGAGAGAGGUAAGUUCAAGAGUAACUUCCACUUCGCAAAAGAAACAGCGCAGAAGAUAGUUCAGUGAAGACUAUCAACAAAAAUGGCCGAAUCUGUUGCCUCUGCUGCUGUCGAAGAUGCCACAAAGCAGGCAAUGAAAUGCGUAUCACCCUAUCUCCGUUACUUUUUCUGUUAUGGAAAGAUUGUUCAAGAUUUCGGGAAUCGACAAUACGACCUUAAAUCGAGGAAACAGAGGGUGGACACUCGUGUCGAUGAGGCUAAACGGCAAAUUGAGGUCAUCUAUGAGGACGUUGAGGACUGGCUUAAAAGGGCUGAGAAAGAACUGGAUGAAGCCCAGUACUUGCAAGAUGAAAUAGAUCGCGUCAAGUGUUUCAAAUGGUGUCCUCAAUGGGGCUGGCGAUAUUGCUUAAGUAAGAAACUGGCAGAGAAGACUCCUAUUAUCUCUGACCUUUUACGGACUUCUAACUUUGCACAGGUGGGCCAUCGUCGUUCUCUUCAAGGAAUAGAGUUCAUCAAAUCCACGGAUUUCAUGGACUCUGAAUCUUCAAAAUCAGCUUUGAACCAGAUCUUGGAGGCUAUAAAAGCUGUCAACAUGAUCGGACUGUACGGAAUGCCAGGAGUUGGUAAGACAACUUUAGCCAAAGAAGUUGGGAAGCAUGCUCAAAAGCUCUUUGAUAAAGUUGUGAUUUUUACUAUGUCCCAAAAUCAGAACAUCAGAAAAAUUCAAGAUAAAGUUGCAGAGAUGUUUGGUUUAAAAUUUCGAACAAAUACCGAAGAAGGACGAGCAGAAGAGCUAUUCAGGAGUAUGCAACACGUGAACAAAAUCCUCGUAAUUGUCGACGACCUCUGGGAAGAAUUCAAAUUGGAGAGUAUCGGAAUUCCAUUCGGUGAUGACCACAAGGGUUGUAAAAUUCUUCUGACUACACGUCAACAGCAAGUCUGCUGUAAAAUGAGGUGUCAGGAGGAAAUUCAACUUGGCAUCUUAUCGAAAGACGAAGCAUGGGUUUUAUUUCGAGAUCAAGCGGGUUUAGAAGAUGACUCUUCCAAAGAGGUAGCCAAAGAGGUUGCUGGUGAAUGUAAGGGAUUGCCUCUUGCAAUUGUUACCGUGGCAAAAGCUCUGAAAGAUAGGAGUUUAGAUGAGUGGAGAGACGCAAAUCAGAGAUUCAAGGACUCAACGCAUUUGUAUGAUGAAGAAGUCCUCGGGGAUGUCCUCGAGCCUCUUAAGCUUAGCUACGAUUACUUGAAGAAAGGCAAUAACCAAAUGACGGGAAAUCACAUCCAAAUGUGUUUCUUAUUGUGUUCCCUUUUUCCUGAAGAUGAAGAAAUCCUUCUUGAGUUAUUGAUUAUUUGUGGAAUUGGACUGGGAUUGUUCCCUAAUGUUUACUCGAUUGAAGAUAAAAGGAAGAGAAUUGUUGAAGCACUAAAAAAACUCCAAAAAUCUGGCUUGUUAUAGGAAACUGAUGAUAAAGAAACGAUAAGAAUGCAUGAUGUGGU